UCCCCCUGUGGCUGGUUCAAGGAACCAUCUGGAGACAGCCUCUGGCUGAGCAUGGCCCUCCCAGCCCUGGGCCUGGACCUCUGCAGCCUCCUGGGUCUUUUCUUCUUCCAACUGCUCCUACUGCUGACGACAACUACUGCUGGGGCUGUUGGGCAGGGGCCCAUGCCCAGGGUCAAAUACUAUGCAGGGGAUGGACGCAGGGCACUUAGCUUCUUCCACCAUAAGGGCCUCCAGGAUUUUGACACUCUGCUUCUGAGUGAUGAUGGAAACACUCUCUAUGUGGGGGCUCGAGAGGCCAUUCUGGCCUUGGAUAUCCAGGAUCCAGGGGUCCCAAGGCUGAAGAACAUGAUAUCCUGGCCAGCCAGUGACACAAAAAAGAGUGAAUGUGCCUUUAAGAAGAAGAGCAAUGAGACACAGUGUUUCAACUUCAUUCGUGUCCUGGUCCCGUUCAAUACGACUCAUCUCUAUGCCUGUGGCACUUUCGCCUUCAGCCCUGCUUGUACCUUCAUUGGACUCCAAGAUUCCCACCUGUUGCCCAUCUCAGAGGACAAGGUCAUGGAGGGGAAAGGCCAAAGCCCCUUUGACCCCGCCCACAAGCACACAGCUGUUUUGGUGGAUGGGAUGCUCUAUUCUGGCACCAUGAACAAUUUCCUGGGCAGUGAGCCCAUCCUGAUGCGCACGCUGGGAUCCCAGCCUGUCCUCAAGACCGACACUUUCCUCCGCUGGCUGCAUCCGGACGCCUCCUUCGUGGCAGCCAUCCCUUCGACCCAGGUCGUCUACUUCUUCUUCGAGGAGACAGCCAGCGAGUUUGACUUCUUUGAAAAGCUCCACACAUCCCGGGUGGCUCAAGUCUGCAAGAAUGACGUCGGAGGAGAAAAGCUGCUGCAGAAGAAGUGGACCACCUUCCUGAAGGCCCAGCUGCUUUGCGCCCAGCCUGGGCAGCUGCCCUUCAAUGUCAUCCGCCACGCGGUCCUGCUGCCCGAUGAUAUUAACGCCGCUCCCCGCAUCUAUGCAGUCUUCACCUCCCAGUGGCAGGUCGGCGAGACCAGGAGUUCUGCAGUUUGUGCCUUUUCUCUCACGGACAUUGAGCAUGUCUUUUUGGGGAAGUACAAGGAAUUGAACAAAGAAACUUCACGCUGGACUACUUACAGGGGCCAUGAGACCUACCCCCGGCCAGGCAGUUGCUCGGUGGGCCCCUCCUCCGACAAAGCCUUGACCUUCAUGAAGAACCAUUUCCUGAUGGAUGAGCAGGUGGUGGGGAUGCCCCUGCUGGUGAAGUCUGGUGUGGAGUACACACAGCUUGCGGUGGAGACAGCCCAAGGCCUUGAUGGGCACAGACACCUGGUCAUGUACCUGGGCACCACCACGGGGUCCCUCCACAAGGCUGUGGUGAAGGAGCACAGCAGUGCUUAUCUGGUGGAGGAGAUUCAGCUGUUCCCUGACCCUGAACCUGUUCGCAAUCUGCAGCUGGCUCCCACCCAGGGCGCACUGUUCGUAGGCUUCUCAGGAGGUGUCUGGCGGGUGCCCCGCGCCAACUGUAGUGUCUAUGAGAGCUGCGUGGACUGUGUCCUUGCCCGGGACCCCCACUGUGCCUGGGACCCUGAGUCCCGAAUCUGCCGCCUCUUGUCUACCCCCAACAUGAACUCCUGGAAGCAGGACAUGGAACAAGGAAACCCAGAGUGGGCAUGUGCCAAUGGCCCCAUGGGCAGGAGCCCCUGGCCUCGGAGCCGCCCGCAAAUCAUUAAAGAAGUCCUGGCUGUCCCCAACUCCAUCCUGGAGCUCCCCUGCCCCCACCUGUCAGCCCUGGCCUCUUACCACUGGACUCAUGGCACUGCAGCAGUCCCAGAUGCCUCUUCCACGGUCUACAAUGGCUCCCUCCUGCUGAUCCUGAGGGAUGGAGUUGGGGGCCUCUACCAGUGCAUGGCCACCGAGAACGGCUUCUCAUAUCCUGUGGUCUCCUACUGGGUGGACAGCCAGGAGCAGUCCCUGGCCCUGAAUCCUGAACUGGCAGGCAUUCCCCGGGAGCGUGUGGAGGUCCUGCUGACCAGGGGCAAUGGUGGGGCUGCCCUGGCUGCCCAGAGGUCCUACUGGCCCCACUUUCUCACUGUCACUGUCCUCCUUGCAUUAGUGCUUUCAGGAGCCCUCAUCAUCCUCCUUGUCUCCCCACUCGGGGCACUCCGGGCUCGGGGCAAGGUCCAGGGCUGUGGAACCCUGCCGCCUGGAGAGAAGGCCCCAUUGAGCAGGGAGCAAUGCCUCCAGCCCUCCAAAGAAUGCAGGACCUCUGCCAGUGAUGUGGACACUGACAACAACUGCCUGGGCACUGAGGUGGCAUAAACUCUGGACACAGGCUAGGGCUGUUGG